AUGUAUGGCAGAGCAGAUGGCAAUGGACUGGAAGCACUACGGUUGUACCAAGAGCGAUUUCCUGGGAGAAGAUUGCCUAAUAUCAGAGUGUUUUACAAUACUCACCGACCUCUUUACGAGACUGGAAGAUUAACACGUAAUGCACCUGGUGUUAAUCCAGGUCGAUAUCCUCCCGAAGCCGAAGAUCUACUCCUCCAAGCCUUUGAAGAUGAUCCCACUACAAGUACUAGGAAAGUUGCGGCUGAUCUUGGUUUAUCGCCAUGGAAGGUUUUAAGUAUUAUGCACCGCGAAUGA